CUGAAAUGUACUUGGGAUUUUUCAUUCACUAUUCUUUAAGCUGACCUCCCACCUACCUCUUUUGUCAUUUUUGCCUUUCUAUUUGGUGCACUAAAUUUUGUGCGCUUGUUUGUGUAGUCAUCUGUGCUAUGGAGACCUGUGUAAGGUGUCUAGCAGGGGGAUCAACUGUCGGAUUCCAAGGACAAGCCAGAGAAGAGGAGCCGACAGCAAAAAGUGAGCAUGGGAGCACUGCUGCUUUAGGAGCCUGACUGGAUUCCAAGCUUUUUCUAUUAAAGAGCAAGGAACAGGAAAAUAAACAUUCACAAAGGCCUUUCUAUUUGGAUAUGUGGAUUUACAAAAGGGCUCAUCGUGGUUAAGCUCUUUGGGAUUGAUACCUGUUUUAAAGAAAGCAGAAAGGUUUUCAUUGCUGCUCAUGGGAUAUAAAUACAUCUGUUCUGAACACCACAACUUUCUCAUUGCAAAAGGAGGAAAGCUAUAGAUCUCUGAACCUGUAUAUUUAACUUGAGGUAGGUGUCUAGAGUUUCCCAUCCUCUCUGCAUUUGUUAUAACAGAAAAUCCCAUUCAUGUAACAGUUAUGUGGAUUGAUUUAAAAUGUCAUUAACAUAUAUACAGAGGGCAACACAGUUUUGCCCUUCAACUUGUUCUUGUUUGAGCAUAUUUGAUAUGAAAAAUCACAGCAGUGACUAAUUGUGAAAAGGUCAUCUAGCCCAUUGGUAUACAAUUAAAAUCACUUUUUGGCUUUGCUUGGUGAUGUGAACCUUUUGGCUGAUUAUACAAGUGAGACCGUUUUAAGUCCAUAAAACAACAUCCCCACCACCCCCCAUCUCCCCCCCAGAUGAUGCUGAAUUAUGAACGUGCCACAUCAUGAGUCUCCUGGGGCGGGUAACUGUGCAUCGCGCCAGGAAAGCCGCCCUGCUCUGUGUAGUCUUCCUGAUGGCGCGAGCGUGGAGCAGCGCCUCCCUGGCCUUGGCGGGGGCGGCAGCGUCUCAAGGACCCCAAGGCUGCCCACCGCAAUGUUCCUGCAGUAAUCAGCAGGGGAAAGUGGUGUGCACCCGGCGCGGCCUCACCCGUGUGCCCCCUGGAAUACCUGCUAACACGCGACACCUCAAUCUAAUGGAAAACGCCAUCGAGGCGGUGCAGGCGGACUCUUUUCGUCACCUGCACCACCUUGAGGUGCUCCAGCUUGGGCGAAAUGCCAUACGGCAGAUUGAGGUGGGCGCGUUCAAUGGACUUACAAGCCUGAACACACUGGAGCUCUUUGACAACCGGCUAACAGUUGUGCCCAGUGGAGCCUUUGAAUACUUGUCAAAACUAAGAGAACUAUGGCUGAGGAAUAACCCAAUUGAGAGCAUCCCAUCCUAUGCCUUCAACCGGGUCCCUUCCCUUAUGCGACUGGAUCUGGGAGAGUUACGGAAACUGGAGUACAUCUCGGAGGGAGCCUUUGAGGGCCUACAAAAUCUCAAGUACCUCAAUCUGGGAAUGUGCAACAUUCGGGGGGAUUUGCCAAAUUUAAGUCCACUGAAAGGCCUGGAAGAGCUAGAGAUUUCUGAAAACCUUUUUCCGAAAAUAAAGCCAGGCUCCUUCAAAGGCCUACGUGCUCUUAAAAAGCUAUGGGUGAUGAACUCUCAAAUAACAAUAAUUGAGCGCAACGCCUUUGACGACCUUUCUUCAUUGGUAGAACUUAAUCUUGCCCAUAACAAUCUGAGCGCUGUGCCACAUGAUUUGUUUUCCCCGCUCAGGUUCUUGGUGGAGCUUCACCUUCACCACAAUCCAUGGAACUGUGGCUGUGAGGCUGUGUGGUUAGCACGGUGGCUAAGGGAGUAUAUACCAACAAACUCUACAUGUUGUGGACGCUGUCAUUCACCGGCUAGCAUGAGAGGGCGACAACUAGUUGAAGUUGAGAGGGGUGAAGGGGCAGCCACCCAAUGUUCUGCUCCAUUCAUUGCUGAUGCUCCAAGAGACUUUAACAUCUCAGCAGGAAGAGUAGCAGAGCUUCGUUGCCGUACAGCCCCAAUGUCCUCAGUGCGCUGGUUGUUACCCAAUGGGACAAUCCUUACGCAUGCCUCCAGCCACAUCAGAAUAUCAGUUCUUAACGAUGGAACCCUUAAUUUUUCAAAUGUCCUUGCUGCAGACACAGGCACUUAUACCUGCAUGGUGUCCAAUGCAGCAGGGAACUCUAAUGCCUCGGCCUACCUCAAUGUGAGUGCUGCUGAGCUGAAUACAUCUAAUUUGAGUUACUUUACCACAGUGACGGUUGAAGUAAUGGGACCAACCACAGAAAUGCCCAAACCUACAACCACCACAACAUCCUCUGGGGCUGGGGUAGCUGCUGGUGGAGGAACAACGACAACGACAACUGCUUCUCCCUCUGUAUUUCAGCCAGUCUUCAUUUCUACACCAACGGUUCUGCUGCAAAGUACCGAAAGCCCUCCAGGUGCAGCUAAGCCCUCUGUAGUUCCUGCAGUCCAAGGAGCCACUGGCAAACCAGGCAAGUCAGGCCCCAGCCUUGAUGAAGUGAUGAAGACAACCAAGAUUAUAAUAGGCUGCUUUGUGGCAGUGACACUACUGGCUGCUGUCAUGCUUAUUGCCUUCUACAAACUUAGAAAGCGCCACCAGCAGAGGAGCACUGUGGCAGCUGCUCGAACUGUGGAGAUAAUUCAGGUUGAUGAGGAGGACCUUCCACCACCAGCUUCUGCAGCACAAGAGACCGCACUAACGUUGCCUGAAAUCCGGGACCAUAACAGCAUACACAAACUGGAUUUUAUCAGCCACAAGACUGACUACAGUUUCCACAAGCCCAAGGUGGAAUACAAACCACAGCCUGAUUUCACUCUUCACAAGCCAAAGGCUGAAUAUACAACAUAUAAGCCAAAUGUAGACUACAGUAGCCACAAGACCAUGCCAGAAUACAGUACCCACAAAUCUACACCAGACUUCAGCCUUCAUAGACCAAAGCCUGAGUUCAGCCCAUUUUCACAGGAGUACAAGUCUAAAGUGGAAUACAGUCCUUUUAAAGCGGACUUUGGAACUCAUCCUAAAGCUAAAUCGGACUUUAGCCCUUUUAAACCAGAUUACAGCACCCAUCCCAGGCAGAAAUCAGAAUUCAGUCCAUUCAAGAGAGAUUAUAAUACCCAGCCAAAACCCAAACAUGACUAUAGCCCCCUGAAAUCUGACUACAACACACAGCCCAAAAUCAGUGCCCAUUAUAGCCCUUUCAAGCCCUCCUUUGGCACUCACCCAAGGCCUAAGCCUGAAUAUAGCCCUUUUAAAGCAGACUACAGCACUCAACCUAAAAUGAAAACAGACUUUAAUGCCCAGAGAUCUAAAACCGACAAUACCUACAAACCCAAGGACCCUUAUACCCCCCAUAAGACACUGACUGAUUACAGUCCUUACAAAGUUGAUUACUGCGCCUUCAAGUCUGACUUUAGUCCCCAGACCCAGAGAUCUAAACCGGAUUACAGUCCGCACAAAAUGGACUACAGCCCUCAUAAAGUGGACUACAGUACCCUAAAACCCAAAUAUAAUACUUACAAACCAAGUGGACAAGGAGCUAAAUGGACAGAUAACAAUGUUGGCAACUCAUUGCCCCGAACCUUGCCCAGCGCCAUCACAGCAAUGGCGGAGCCCUUUGUCAUAAAAACUCAUAAGGAGAAAGUACAAGAGACUCAGAUUUAAGGGCCGACCCGUUGUAUCCCUGACCCCAAUCUCAUUUUGUCUUUUUUUCCUUUUCAUAGAAUCACGCAAUAGAAUGCACAAUGAAGGAAAUGACAACUUUUUUGUACAAAGUGCAAUGUGAAA